AUGUGUAUUAAUUUAGCAAAUAACAGUACAAUUAGAUCAUGAUAAAUUUAGCUAGAUUUCAUUCGAUGUAUGUUCGUGUUUUUCAGGAGAUACGCGUUUAUACAGAUCUGCAGAUCUUGGAAAUGUAGCCAGUUUGAAUCGGUUCGGAAGUGGAUCACUAAUCUCAGGUAAUCUGCAUAAAAACCCGUCAAAAUGAGAAAUACUGUAGGAGAAAAUCGGCCAUUAGAAGUGAGCUGAUGCUCAUGUACAGGGAUGGUGGGUUUGCAGUAUAUCUAAUCACCAUCGUGCAACAGAUAACAGAGAAAGAAAGUAAUUUUAUGCUUUUGUUUGUUGUAUGAAGUAUUAUAUAGCAUUUUAUUUUGCGGUAAAUGAAUAGAAAUUUCGGAGAGAUGUACCCGGUUGCGAAGAGUGUCAGCAUUUUUGAAAUUUGAAGUAGGAUUUAACAUUAUUGUACUAUUAAAAUACAUUUAUUCCAAUUUAUUUUUAUUCAGAUUUUGAAGGUCACAUCAAUAAUAUAACUUUUCAUAACAUUACUCACCCAAGAAUUGAAAAUAUUCUGACAGAUUACACCCCAAGGCCUCCCUUGGAGAGUUUCCCUUGUUAAAAUCUUAGGACGCGACGCUACUGUUCUCAUUUUAGGUACUCUAAACGAUCCAUGUUUGGUGGCCCCGUACAAUUGCGCAGGCGGAUUGACAGUUUCAUUUUGGCUGCAAUUUAUAUCUGGAGGAAUCAUAAUCCGUACAGGCAAAGCUGGUUUCCACGUUUAUGUGGAAGGUGAAAAAUUCUUCAUCACCUACCAAGGCGUGGACAGAAGCUGGACCAUAGAACGUGGAUGUAUUCCUAUGGGCGUCUUCCUCGUGACAGCCACGUGGAAUGCGGCUGGCGGAUUGUCGUAUUACGAGAAUGGGAAACCUGUGGUUUCAACGCAAAUCUCCGAUCCGAGUUCGAUUUCUGGGAAUUUUGAUGACGUCAUCACUGUUGGGUAUGAGGAAACGUCGAGCGGGAAAAGAUAUUCAAGUUUAAUCAUCGAUGAUCUGAUGAUAUGGAACCGUGCCCUAAGCUCUGAGGAUGUUCAAACAAUUUAUGAUGCUGGUAAGCCGUUAAAUCUUUAGAGCAUUAAAUGUUUAAAAUUGAGACGUUCUCUGACCAACGUAUUUUAAUGGCGAGCUUUCGGCUAUCAGGCCUAUAGCCUCCACCCAUUGAAGCAAGAGAUUAUAAAUAAUUUCAUCAGAGAACGUUUCAAUUUUAAUUUUUAUUUCAUAUUUCACAGUAAGUAAGUUAACAAAAUUAACUACAUUUGAAUACAAAUGGACAAGAUUUUUUGGAGAGCGAGUGCUCUUCCAGUGAGUGGAACGUUAGACCAUGCAGUAACAUAGCUAGAAUUUCUAAUCAAGGGGGGGGGGGAAUCCCUGCUUGGAGGGCCCAAGUAAUUUUACCUUGCACCAGUUCAAAUAAAGUUUGCUUAUUCUGUGAAAAAUGUACUUGGGCUUCCACGCUAUCCAUGCAUAAUAUAGAACAAUUAACGUUUAGGGGUGCGGGGCUAUGCUCCUCCCGAAAAUUUUUUUAAUUGUAGAGUUUGUAAACUGCCAUUUUCAGCAUUUUGGGGGCUAUUUUAAAAUGCGAUUUGAUGAUUUUAAAUAACCAUUUAACACAUAACAACUCUACUUAAUCACAAAUGAAUCCAGAAUAUUUAAAACAUUGGAAGAUAUAAAAUUUCCAUUACAAGAAAUGAAAAUAUAAUGAACAUGGUUGUGCAGAAACUACGCCUUUUUCCACUGGAAUGCAGAAGAGAGAUUUCGGAUUUAACUUUAUUGUUUAAGUCCAGAAAUGGGCUAAUAACUAUGGACGUGAAUAAGUACCUGAACACUUACGUUUAUUGCUAUCGGACACGUAAUUACGACCCAAAUAACUACAACUUGAUUAUUAAGCACAACAAGACUAUUAUAGAAAGUCGUUUUUCAUUAGGGCUGCAGAACUCUGGAAUACGUUACCUUCUAAUUUAAAAUCUUGUAAUUCAAUUACUUUAUUUAAGACUAAAAUCACUAACCUAUACUUCGAUAAAUUAGCUACGUAUUGCUUACCUGCGUGAAUAUUUCUUAGUGUAUUGUAUUGAUGUAUAGGGGUAGGAUGGCAACUGGGACAUUAGUCCAUAACUCCUGCCAGUCGUCUGUUUGGUAAACUUGUAACUUGCUAUAUAUGUCAUUGUAAUUUACUGUCGAAUUAAUUAAACUAAACUAAACUAAACUACUGGUCAGAAUUUUUCUAAGGAAGGCCCCAUAUUUUUCUAUUUUCAAGAUACCUUCUUGACAUGUUAUCAUAUCGCCCGAACUUCGAAAUUCUGUUGGUGUUAAAGAUUAGAAUUAGAAUUAUGUGCUUAUGUUUUCAUAAAAUUCGGAGUUGAGCGUUUGAACACACAGUGUUGGAAAGUGAGGUAUCCUUGUGGGUUAAAUUUUUCCUUGUGUCCUCGUUAUGUAUAAGCGCCCCUGGUACUGAGGUCGUCCCUUGGCUUGAGAAAUUGAAGUGUCAUUUUAUACGUUGUUAUUUCAGGAAUCUCAACCUCAUUUGGUCGUGCAUCAUGUCUGUCAGGCCCAUGCCAAUCAGGAUCAUGGUGUGUUCAGGGUGCUUCCUCUACUGCACAUGCCUGCCUACAGCCCACCAGUAGUGAUUGUUCAUUUGAAGAGGAUCUGUGUGAUUUCAGCGGUCUUUAUGCUACAAAAACGUCGACAAAUAACCAGAGCGCAAUCAUCGAAAAUAUGCCUUAUCAUGAUCACACGUUUGGGAGCUGUACAGGUAACAAGCAUUAGAUAUGCUCAUAUUGUGGUAUACUUUAAGUUUUGUGCACAGUUCCAUGUUUGUAUCAUAGACGGAUGUUUUGGGUGUGCAGAGGGGUGCGCACGCCCCCCAAUUAUUUUGCACCCCCCCCCCCCAGAAAUUUAAAUGCUCAUUGGAUUAAAUGACAUGCAGUAUUGUGAUUGAAAUAAGGAUUUUAAACUGAAUAAGACUAAAAUCAUAACAAAAAUUUUGUACUAAAUAACACCAUAGUCCUGGCUAAUUCAACCCAGCUAUAUGAAUGAAUAAACCAGAUUAUGUUGGGUGGAUUAUUAACCAAGAAUUUCUGGUUUAUAGAAUAGUCCACCUAACACCAUCUUUGUUGAUUUAACCAGGAUGCAUGUGAUCAAAUUAACCAGGAUAUUAUGGUUAAAUUGAUUACGAAAUUUAACCAUGCAGGAACAUUAAAGUGGCACUGUCAUUAAAAUUUUUAUUGUCUCAAACGAAAGAACUUCUAAAACUGUAAAGUAACUUCUUUUGAAAAAAUUGGUUUUCAUAGUUUGUUCUUGAGAUAUUUCAUUUUGUUUCAAACCAUGUGAUGUCAUUUACUCAAUUACAUAUAUAAUACAUGUAAAGUGGGAUAUCAGUAAAUGUUGUGUUUCUUUGUAUUUUUGACGGAUUUUUUUAAAAAAAACAGUAUGCGUAAUGAUGUAGGUUAAAUUAACAAACGCGCCGCAUCUUUGGAAAGAUUUUGAUAAAAAAUAGCAAAGAUACAUAACAAUUACUGAUGUCUCAAAAUAUAUGUAAUUGAGUAAGUGACGUCACAUGGAUACAAACAAAAUAAAAUAUCUCAAGAACUAAGCAUGGGAACAAAAAUCUUCAAAACAAGUUACUAUACAGUUUUAAGAGCAUUUAUACAGUUUUAAGAAAAUAAAAAUUUUAAUAACAGUGCUGUUGUAAUCAUAAAGUAAUAAAAGAAAUGAAAAACCAUACUAAUUGCAUGGCUUUAUCCUACUUUAAAGCCAGCUAUAAACUUAAUACGUUUUACAAUGUACAAAAUGGCCGACACUAAAAUGACCAAUGACUAACGCGGGCUCAGGUGCCACAGCAACCCAAUCCGGUAACUAAUAAAUAUAAAGUUUAUGUCAUUCUUCCUCCCUAAAAUAAAAAUUCAACUUACUAUAAUUAAAUAAACUAAUGUAAAAGUCAUCUUACUAUAAGUUCAAAUACUAGUAAACGAAUAGUUCAUUUAGCCUAUUGUUUACCAACCAUAACGAGAUGGUGGUUUAACUUUACGACUUGAACGUCUGAGUGCAGGUACUUGCGUUGUUGAAUAGUGCUGUGGAUCAGAAGCCGUUGGCGAUGUAGUUGAAUCCUGUUGUGAAUCGGCGGCCACGGUAUCUGGAACAUUCGGAGCUAAGGGAGUGUUCAUUAUUUAUACCCGGGGUUGGUACCGAAGAGAAAUGGGUUGGGUAAGCCAUAUUUCUGGGGUUUGAAGGGUUGGGUAAAUAUUUUUUGAACAAAGCCUAUGGUUGGGUAAAUUAUUUUCAAUACAAACCUUCAAUUGAACAAAAUAUGAAAAUCGUUUAUUUAACAAAAUGGGUCAUUCCAGGAAAUAUCCUUUCAUUCCCGACAACGAAAACUAAACUCCAACUCCCCAUCCCCUCUGAUUACAACAACGAGACAUGGUAGGACUGGCUUGGGAGCAUAAUAUGAACUUGUGAAGGUACAAAUGAUUUUAUUUGACAUUCAGUUAGUGCACCAAAUAUGCAUAGUACUGUUUAUACUAUAGUGGCCUAGCUUGUAUAAUAAUAUAUAUGUAUAUAUGUAAAAUACUUGUAUAAUUUUGAAAUUGGGUUGGGUAAAAUAAAAAUCGAAAGGGUGGGUGGUUGUUUUUUCUCUUUUCGAUUAGUUUCUCUUCGGUACCAACCCCGGGUAUAAAUAAUGAACACUCCCUAAUCCAUUUUCCACUUCUCCGCUUGGCAGGAUUCCUUGUGGUUCAUUCCGGACAGGAGUAAUGGGGCAAGGAGCUAGAUCUCGAAGGGAAACUGAGGAUUCUCUUCCAUCGGGGUACAGUAAAAUCCCGCGCAUAAGAACCUAGAUUUUUCAAGUUAGCCUAAACAGGUUCUUAUAUAAAUGGUGCUUAUCGUGAAAUUAGGCUAAACAGGUUCUUAAAUAGGUUCUUAUUUUCUAAAGAAAAAGCGACUCAUUUUCAGUUGGUGUAGAAGAAAAAGCGACUCAUUUUCAGUUGGGGUAGAAAAAAGUUAUAUAAAUUAUUCCAAUAUGAAGAGAAGAGUUCGUUUUCUUUUAUUUAUAAAUUUUAGUUUCGACUGUUAGAAUGAUAAAAAUAAAAUAAGAACCUGUUUGAAAUUUUAGCCUAAACAGGUUCUUAUACAAAGGGGGUCUAAAUAAGCAAUUUUAGCCUAACAGGUUCUUAAACUCUAGGUUCUUAUACGCGGGGUUUUACUGUACUUCACAUGGGCGUAAGUGGGGUUUGCAUCGGUUAGCUCUAUUUGGUCGACAAGCGGGUCGUUCUUGCUUGUUCUAACAAAACGCCUUAACAGGACCGGUCCCGGGUUCUGUAGCCAGGAUGGUAGCGAAGUUCCCAGAGAUGAACGUCGUUGGAAGUUGAAGAAUCUCUCGUGUGGAGUGGUAUUAGUAGAGGUAGAGAGGAGUGAUCUUAUCGAAUGAAGGACGUCUGGAAGCACCAGUUCCCAUUUUGAAUCAGGUAGAUUUGCUGACUUGAGGGAAAGUCGAACAGCCUUCCAAAUAAUACCAUUAUAACGUUCGACCUGUCCAUUUCCAAUUGGGUGAUAGGGGGUUGUUUUGCUUGUUGCUAUCCCUCGUCGAGACAACUACUCCUUGACUUCUUGUGAAAGGAAUGAGGCACCACGAUCCGAGUGAAUGUAACUAGGCAUACCACAAACGGCGAAUAUCUGAUCCAAACAUUUGAUAACUGUCGAGGAGUGCAUGUUUGGACAGGGGAACGCAAAUGGAAAGCGAGAAUAUUCGUCUACCACAGUCAACAAAUAUGCAUUACGAGAUGUUGUUGGUAGAGGCCCCUUGAAAUCGAUGCUUAAUCGUUCUAUCGGUUGCGUAGCUUUGACAAGGACUCCAGCCUGCUUUUGGUAAAACUGUGGUUUGAGCUCUGCCCAAGCUCUACACGAUGAGCAUGUCUUCUUGACAUCUUCGGUAGAAUAGGGUAAGUUCUUCGACCUUAUGAAAUGCAGCAUUCGAGUCACACCAGGAUGGCAAAGUGCUGUAUGGUUUCUCAUGAGACCCUCUGACGUUGACAUUGAAGAAGUGAAAGCUCGGGUAAAUGAAUGUGGGGGGCAACAUUAUCCUUUCCAGGUCUGUGCUCCACAGUGUAGCUAAAAGAAGCUAAUUCAAGUCGCCAAUCUUGCAUUUUAUUGUUCUUUAUCUUCGUGCGCUUCCUGCUAUCAAACAUAAAUGCGACGGAACGUUGGUCGGUUUUGAGUGUGAAGUGACGACCAGCAAGAAAAUGUCGCCACUUACGGACUACUUCUAUGAUAGCCAUAGCUUCUUUCCCAACACCGGGGUAAUGUAGUUCACUACUUUGGAGAGUUCUGGACAUGAAGGCAACAGGACGACCAGCUUGGUUAAGUGUAGCAGACAAAGCGACAUCUGACGCAUCACUCUCAACCACAAAGGGAAGAGUUUCAUCUAUGGAAUGAAGAGUUGCACCUUCAAGUUCCUUCUUAAACGUGUUAAAUGCCGAUAAAGCUGCCUUAUCUAGUGGAAAGGUAGUAGCUUGCGUCAAGGGUCUUAUCUUAUCAGAGAAAUUCGGUAUCCACUUCGCAUAGUAAGCAAACAUGCCAAUCACCCUGCGAAGGGAGCGGAUACUCUCUGGCGGCGGAAGAUCUUGAAGUGGGAGGGGCCUUUCCUCGUCAGGAGCGAUCACCCCAUUGCCAACCCGAUAACCUAAUACAUUGAUGGAUGUCUUGGAUUCGAUUGAUUUGCUUUCAUUCAAGGUAAGGUUCCUGCGUUGGACUGCUUCAUGAAAUGCCUGAACAUUUACGUCAUGUUCCUUUUGAUCUCGUCCAGCCACUGUUAUGUUGUCCAGAUAUGGAAAUGUGUCAUUGAGGUUCUCGUCAACAAAAUUGUCCAUUGCUCUCUGGAAAGCAGCCACCCCAUUAGUGACGCCAAACGGUAUACGGCAAAAUUGGUACAGUCUUCCAUUAGCUUCAAACCCAGUAAACUUUCGAUCGGACUCCUUUAUCGGCACUUGAUGAUAAGCACUCUUUAAAUCAAACGUUGAGAAAACUUUGUAUUGUGCUAGGUUGUUGAUUAUGUCAUCGAUCCGAAGAAGAGGAUACGCAUCAAGCUCUGUGUAUUGAUUGAUGGUUUGAGAGUAAUCAAUAUAGAGUCUCUUCUUGUGCUGGUUUGAGGGAUCUUUAGAAACAACAAUUUGUGCUCUCCAUGGUGUUAUGGUAGGCUCAAUAAUUCCUUCAGACAGGAGUUUUGUAACUUCCUGAUUGAUAAACUCCUGGUCUUCUUUGCUAAAGCGCCUAGAUCUACUGGCGAUAGGCUUACAGUCAGGGAGAAGGUUUCCAAACAAUGAAGGCUCCUCGAUUGAGGCUGUCGAAGAAAGAGGACAGGCAGGCCUAGGAAUUACUAGUUCUGGUCUAGUACCGCCAAACUCUAUGGUGACCCGCUUGUGCUUCUUCUGGAAGUCUUGCCCAAGGAUAAUGUCACUGCAGAGAUCUUUCAAGACUCCCAAACGAAUGGAUGAGUAGGAAAGUUGAUUAAUUACAAUAUCCGUAAAACAAUGACCAAGGAUCUGAGUCCUAAAAGAUGUUAGGGCCAUAGAUAUCUUCUGCGUUGAUGGAUGAAACUUGAGAGACAGUUUCCUUGCCAUAGUUUCACUUAUAAAGCUUUCCGAACUCCCAGAGUCAAUGAGUGCGGUCAGUUCAAUCCCGCCAAUAGAGACUUUUACAGAUGCUUGUUUUAGACUUUCUGUACAACUUGCAACAAUUGAACAAAGAGUAGGCGUGAACAUAGAAGCAGUGGUGAUUGCAGGCGCUUUUGACUUGCAAACUUUAGCAUAAUGUUCUUUCUUUCCACAGUUGUUACAAUUAGAAUUCCGGGCUGGGUGACUUCUUCUGUUGUGGAGAUUAUCACCACAAAAGUAGCAUUUCUUCGAUGUGAAUGUAGCUGCUAGAGAAUCAGAAUCUAAGGCAUGAGCCCCAGCAACCUCAUCUGGCGGAGGGGAGGACACUGCUGCAGUUGCAGGCAUUUCAGGCAUCCUAUAUGCUUCAGAAUUCUUUUGAGCCAAGUCCAAGGUAUUUGCUUGGUCAAAAGCAGUUUGAAGGUCGAGCUGUUUAUUUUCUAGGAGCCGUUGGCGAAUCAAAGGCGAUAAGAGGCCAUUAAUAAAUGAAUCACGAACCAAUUCCUCACGAUACUGUUCAGCAGUUACGUUCUUAAGGUUACAAUCUUUGCUAAGUUUUCGAAGUUCUUGGAGAAAUUCAGUAAGAGUCUUGUUGCGAGCAAAUGUCUAGCAAAUUUUCAUUUGGUGUCUUGACAAAUAGUUGUUCUAGUACGCGAAUGGCCGAUUUACAGUCCUUGCAGUCUUCGAUAUAUUCAUAAACGUUAUGACACACAUAAUUUACAAGAGUUCUAUAUUCAUCAGGAGCUUUUUCGCCACAUUCAUCAAUAAAAUUAGUAAAGGUAUGGUGCUAAUGCCUCCAUUCUUUCGUAGCUGUGGGCGAAUUUGGAUCUAAGUCGAGUCGUGCUGGUUUGAGUAGCGUAUCCAUGUUUUCGUUGUCCAAACUGAUUUUCCGAUUCUAUUUUGGAUUUAUUUUAAGUAGGAUAAAUUGUUGUAAUCAUAAAGUAAUAAUAGAAAUGAAAAACCAUACUAAUUGCAUGGCUUUAUCCUACUUAAAGCCAGCUAUAAACUUAAUACGUUUUACAAUGUACAAAAUGGCCGACACUAAACGUCUAACGUGGGCUCAGGUGCCACAGCAACCCAAUCCGGUAACUAAUAAAUAUUCUAUAAAUAUAAAGUUUAUGAUGCACAACAAUUACUGAUGUCUCAUUAUAUAUGUAAUUGAGUAAGUGACGUCACAUGGUUACAAACAAAAUAAAAUAUCUCCAGAACUAAGCAAGGGAACAAAAAUCUUCAAAAGAAGUUACUAUACAGUUUAAGAGCAUUUAUACAGUUAUAAGAAAAUAAACUUUUAAUAACAGUGCCACUUUAAGUUACCCCAAACAUGGUUCAUUUUAGAUUUACCAGGAAUUUUGUAGGAAUUUUGUAGCCAGAGUGUGUUCGAGAAAUGCGUAUAUUAUUUACUAACUCCAUAUGUUAUCUUGCUUGUUUUAGUUCCGUCGGCAAAAUAUGUGGUAUUUACACCAACUACUGUUGGCGAUUCCAUCAUCUCCUUUCUUACCUCCGAAACAUUCAUGCAGUCACCGAGAGGACAUCUAUUUCGUUUUCGUUUCUGGUACUUCAUGUACGGUCAAGAUGCUGGGAAUCUGAUUGCUCAUAUCACACAAGAUUCAUCAACCUCAGUUCUUUGGAGCACUACCUCACGUAAUGUUAGGAAUUGGCAAUUUCAACAAAUCGAAAUGAAGGCGGCACAGAGCUUUUCAGUAAGCGUUUUUUUUUCUGUUGUGGAAUUUGUAUUUUGGACCGUUUCAUUUUUUGGACCCGCAUGAGCGGUCGUGUUGUAUCGGAUAUACAUACACGAGCUUGUUGUUAGAGCUGGACAACUGGCCUGUGUAGCUCACUUGGUUAGAGCGCUGCACCGGAAUCGCAGGGCCGUAGGUUCGAUUCCUGCCAGGGACCUAAAGUUGGAUUUUUCGCUUCUGUUCCUUGUUAGGUCUGUGGCUGUGAAAUCAUUAGAAUAACAAUAUAACUCAUUAUCUAUGUUAAUCAACGUUUAUUCAUAGACACGGUCCUUUACUGUCACGUGUGCAUUGUAUUUUUGCCCAAUUAACCAAUAGCAAUGUUUUAGGACAGUUACCUCUCCGUGACUCGAACAAUAUAGGGUAAAUUGGAAAUUGCUAUUGGUUAGUUGGCCAAAAAACACACGUGACGGUGAAGGACCAGAUUGAUGAAUAAACGUUAACUAACGUAGAUAAUGAGUUUUAGUAUUUUUGAACAAGUGAAUAUAACAAAUCCUACAAGUUCAUUGGUCAAAUUUGACGUAUUUUAAAAGCUGUUAUAUUCACCUACAGGUGAAUAUAACAAAACCGGAAUUUUCAAAAUGGCGGCUAGCCGUUUUGUGAAAGUUCUGGUAAAAAAUAUAAGCGAAUUAAAAUAAAUUCAGUCCCAAAAAACACAAAAGACUUGUGUAAAAAUACCAAAACAAUUAUUCGCCUCAGGCUCGGUGAUUAUCGGGGAACAUUCACCUCGACUUCGUCUCGGUGAAUAUUCCCCGAUAAUCACCUCUCCUUCGGCGAAUAAUUCAUUAAAUAUUGUUAUUCUAAUGAGUUCCACAGCCAUAAUAAAAGUAUAUAAAUUACCACUCGAUAAUUUCCAUCGAUAAUACCCUUCAACUAAUAUUCAAAAUCUCGAUAUUUUCAUCUUAUUAGGCUUCGAAAGUUAUUUAUGUAAAUAUUUUCUAGGUAACCCUUACGGCGUCUGCUGGUCCUGCAGCAAAUCUGACAAUUGCCCUGGAUGACGUCAGCCUUCAAGUCUGCAGUAAGAAUCAUUCAUUUCUUCUCACUCUCUGUAAUAAAAAAAAGAUGGCUAUAUACUGGGGCUCUAUGAAAAACAGUUUAGAACUAAUACGCCUAUCCAGUAUACGAAUAAAGUUAGUCUAGUUUAGGUUUCCCCCUGUAGUACUCAAAACUGGAUCAAUAAGACACUGAACCUCUUGGGAGAACCGUCGCUAAGAGACAAAGGAUGGCGGGUGUAUUUUUUUGUGGGGGGAGGAACAAAAAUAUUUUUCCGGACAUUAUAUUUUUCAUUCACUUUUUUAAUAGGCUUUAUAACGUACCGUUAUUCGUGAAAUUUUUUUCCUAAAUUUUUCCAAAGUUUCGCUAUAACUAUACUACUUUUUAAUCAGUGUCCCUCAAAUAUUUUAGUUCUUUUCCUUCCUAUUCAGUUCAUGUUUUGCCGGCUACGAAAACAAUUUGCUGACGAAUUCGUUAUUUUGCCGAAAAUAUGUUUGUACGCUUGAAAAGCUCUUGAAAUUUACAGUUUUAAAAGAACUCCUUAAAUACUCCUUGAAUUCUUAAAAUGUUUUGCUAAAUAGGAAGUGAAACCACAGUAUUAACUUUUGUUCGUUGCCAUAGGUAAUUCGUGGUGCAAAAACUGGGGGUAGAAACAAAUCUUUUGAUACAAAUUCGCCAAUAUAUUACACCAAGUUUUUGUUUGGAAGCUACACUGGUCAAUAAAGCGUGGGCUUGAUCUGGGUUCGAUGGGCCGCCUUUUUCUAUGUUUUCAACAAUUUUUUUUCCUUGAAAGAAAACAUCUCAAACACUCCUUGAAAAGUGCUAUUUUACUACUAGUAAUAUACAUGAAAAAAAUUCUCAAUUCUGGUCGGCUAAGAGCAUUGCAAUUUUUUCGAAACACAGUGCCAAAAAAUGAAAUACAGUGCAAAAAAAGAAAUACAGUGCAAAUUUCUUAAUUUUCUUAACUUUUUAUUUUUCAAAUUUCUUAAUUUUCUUAAUUUCUAAAUGUGAGUUACGCACGUGACUGCAUAAUUUUCAUGCAUAUUAUUAGUAAGCAAUAAUAUGGUUUCUCAUGCAAUUUGAAAAAAACACAUACUGGUGAGUUUUUCACUAAAUACUUCAAAUUGCACUCCUCCUUCUGACCCGGGCAAUUUUGAUAGUCUUUGAAAAACUCACUUGUGCAUGUUUUUUCCAAAUUGACUCGAAACCAUGCUAUUACCUAUACUUCAAAACUUCUUAAUCACUCCUUAAAUUUAACUUUUCAAGACCAGCACAAACCUUGUAAACAUUAUAGACAAUGAGACUUAUGCAUGGCAGUCAUUUUGGUGUGACCUCAUUCGUUAUUCGCUGUUGAUAAAUUUCUGUUGAGACAAUGUUUAUCCUUUCCCACCAACAACUAGAAACUGUGAGAACCUCUUCCAUUAUAUUACCAACACCACAGUAGAUUUGUGGUCAAACCAAACAUAAAACUUUGAGGUAAAUCUGACUGGACUUGCCUUAAAGCCUAGUUUCCAUUUGGCCGUUAGUUGUCGCUGGCACGACAAGCGGUAGAUGUGAACAUAGUCUUUCGAUACAUGGUUUGGAAACUCCGCUAAAGUCUUUGUUUUAUCUUUUUGUUCGCGUUUAUGCAGUUUUGUGCACGGUGCAUGGUAAAUGAACACAUUGUAUAUUUGUGUACCACUUGGCAAAUAAAACUUGUCACAUAAAAACUUGUCAUAGAAAACUUGCUUGUCUGCAACCAGCUUUACCCCAACUUUUUACUCAUUCAAAAUUUUAUUUACCAACUCUUUUCUCUCCGGUCUCACCCCCCGCCAUAAAUAAUGACCAGUCCCACUUCCCGCCAUAAAUAAUGACCAGUCCCACUCCCCGCCAUAAAUAAUGACUGGUCCCACUUCCCACCAUAAAUAAUGACCAGUCCCACUUCCCACCAUAAAUAAUGACCAGUCCCACUUCCCGCCAUAAAUAAUGACUGGUCCCACUUCCCGCCAUAAAUAAUGACCAGUCCCACUUCCCUCCAUAAAUAAUGACCAGUCCCACUUCCCGCCAUAAAUAAUGACCAGUCCCACUUCCCGCCAUAAAUAAUGACUGGUCCCACUUCGCGCCAUAAAUAAUGACCAGUCCCACUGCCCGCCAUAAAUAAUGACCAGUCCCACUUCCCGCCAUAAAUAGUGACCGGUCCCUAAUGAUCUUUACUUGCUCCAGGCAAGCGCUAAAUUAUACCACUGUUAAUUCAAUGACUAUCGUAUCCUUUAUAGAUCCUUAUCUUCAGCCCACUGUAACAAAUGUCAGCCCGGCAGAUAAUGGUGGCGUGAACAUCGGGUGGUUACAUGCUGGUUGUUUUCAGACUUUCCCCCUCACUACCUUGGUAUAUUACCGAACUUUAAACUCAACAGAAUGGACUCUACGUGCUACUACGGGACACAGUUCUCAUGUAAUCUCUUCAAUCCUUUUCCCACCUAAUGCCACAUUCGAAUUUAAAGUCAACACGCGUUACGUUGUUAAUAAUGAGGUUAUUAGCAGUGAUGAUAGUGUUGUUUUUAAAUUCACAAUUCCUGGUUAGUGGCUUUGUAUUACGACUCUAAUAGUGUUUAUUCAUGCCUAUUAAUGUUUAUUUUUUAUUUGUAUUUUCCAAUUAUGCUUUCAAUACUCUGGUAUAGGUCGAAAUCAGCAAAAAAGACCAUCCCAGUCGGGUGGGAUAAAGCUUUCAGAUCCAACCUAGCGCAAUGUGAGAUCUCGCUUAGCCGGGCAGGCUCGGUCUCAUUUGAACACAAAUUGAAUUUUAUAUGCGUUAAAAAGGGCUAGGGGUGCACAUUCGACAAAUUGCUGGGGGGAGGAUAGACAAUCUGGGGACCGACUUUCUCGUUCUCCAGAACAAACAUUUGUGACGAGUGGAUUAAAUAACUCUAUAGCAGAAAAACCCCCCCCCCCCCCAAUGUGCGCCCCUGGAAAGGAGAUGCAGAUCUCACUUAGUAGGUCAGUUUCCCUCUUCUCUGUGUUCAUAUGGACUGUCCCGUAGUUAAGUCAUCUACCGUGGUUUUACAUCUACCGUGGUUUUAUGUAGAUUCAAAACGCUUCGAGAUUUUGAGCGAAGGCCAACUGCUAACUAUUGAGUGCAGCCCUGUCCUCUAUUAACUAUGAGUGCAGCAUAUGCUCAUAUUCCCACUGACAUUACAAGGGUUAUUAUGAGGACUCUUGUGGGAAUAGCUAUUUUGACACCAAUAUAUAUACGGUGCCAUUAUACGCCUGUACCAAUCUGCAUGUACAUGAAAUCCUCACCGAUCACUUUACCAAUUUCCACGAACUAGACUUUACAAACUUUCUUACAUCAUAAAUAGGGUCAAAUUCUGUUUGCUGUAAGCAGCAACACUCUAUUUUAUAAACCCACACGGCUUUGUAUAAAUAAUCAACCCAUGUUCGUUUUAUUUUGCCGUGUUUUUCUAUUUUUGGCCGUUGUAACCAGGGUUUUUUUCAGGGCUUUUUCACGGCGAGGCUUGAAAAUCAAACAUCUCAUCAGACGUUUCAGCGCAGUAAAAUGUGGAAAUAAUUUUUCCUGUUUGAAACCAAACAAAGUACGAAAAAGCGAAUAUACUCUACCCGAAAUUGGUUUCACAUCACAAAUUCAAAGCAACUUUGAGCUGUCGAGCGGUAAUUGUGGAACUUCUUGGGCCUUUGCCCAUGAGCACCCCGAGUUCCACCCUAUCCUCCCCAUCGGAGGGGGUUGGAGGGGGAGACAGCCGUCCCAGACCCCAAGCUGAUCAGGUAAACUGAAACGGACCCAGCAAAACAAUUCUGAAAAAAACCUGGAUAACACGGUUUCUAGCAUCUCCACUAGCAGUAAAUAAACAACCUGUCCUUUUUGUUCCAGAUUUUUUCAUAUCGUCAACAUUGACUUUCGAAGCUGCACCAGCAGUGCCAUCCAACGCAUUCAUCUCAGAUCGCGGAUGGCUUUUGAAUCGAGGGACAAACGUCACAAUAACAUGUAAAGUUGCCUCAGUAACAAAACCAACAAUAAUUUUGAAGAAAGAUAAGAUUAUUUAUCCUACAGAACUGCUAAAAGAACUAACAAACCCUCCAUCUGAGGGAACCAACCUGUGGCAAGCUACAAUGUCAAUCCUUUCAUUCGAGGACAACGACGCUGCUAAAUACAUCUGUGAAGUAAAGUCUGGAAAUGACAGUGUACUAUCUCGAAUAUUGUACCUCAAUAUACAAGGUAAUUGAUUGGGCGGUUUUGAAAUUUCAAUACUGGUUACGGUAUUUUUAAAAUAUCGCGGUAUACCGUUAAAAUUUUUAAGGAGAAAAUGUGUGAUCUACAGUAAAUGCAGUUUACACCCAAUAACCCAAAAAUUCAAGGCAAAGUCAAGAAAAUUAUCCAUUUUAACGAUCGUCAGGGUUCGUACAAAACUUGAAAGUCCUUGAAUGUCCUUGAAUUUGAAAACAAAAAUUCAAGGCCUUGAAUGUCCUUGAAUUUGUAAAGAAGUACUUGAAUGUCCUUGAAUUCUUCUUGCUUUAGUUUUUGGAUAUUUUCUGAAAUUGUUUGACAUUCAAGAUGGACAUUUUGUUGAACUGAUUUUGCAUGUUCAUAUCUGACCUCAUUAUAAAGUUACGUUUUGAACAAUUCAAUGUCAGAUUUUGCUGAUUUCUAACGCCUUCUUCAGUAUUUAGUCCUUGAAUUUGCUGAUACAUGGCCUUGAAUGUCCUUGAAAAGUCCGUGAAUUUGACUCUUCCUGACAUGUACAAAUCCUGGAUCGUAAAAUUUAACAUGAUACUGUGGGAAAAUGCUGUGCUGAGUGGUUAUAUUACUACCUUAAAAAAUAAGCAGAAACUCGACGUUUCGAGCGAAGGCCCUUCGUCAAGAGUUAGUAGCCAAAUGUUAAGUACCAAUGUUAGUAUUUUCACAUUGGUACUACCUACACUGGUACAGACAGUUUUACUGUGGGAAAGUCUACUGAUCUACUUGCAUUAUAACGAUGUUCUAAAAUGUUAAAGUUUAAUCUAUUUCGCGCGCGCAUGCAUUGUGUUUGUUUUUCGUUUGUGAACUUUUCUUGCUGUUCAAAUAAAAAGAUAAACUAAUGAUAGCUAUGGUACCGGUAUAUCUUACAUGCAGUAUACGGCCGAUAACGGUAUACCGGUAUAACCAACACCUCCAUACAAGUAUAUCAAUUAAAUACCAUGAAUAACUAAGAAUACCGGUAUACCGCCCCACUUUAAGUGUCAGUAAGCAUUACAGUGCAUGGAUUAUAAAGACACUGGAUAGGAAACUCAUGAGCACGCAUGAUGUUGUCAGCGUGGUAAUGGCGCCUCAACAUUGUAUGUUGGAAAUUAUGACAUCACUCCAAAAUAAUUCCACGUUUAGCAAUACAACUGACAAUUUUGGUUAUCAUUCCAUGUUUCGCGCACCAAUAUAGGUUAGGGUUAGGUAUUAGGGUUAGGGGUUAGGUUAGGGGUUAGGGUUUGGGGUUAGGGUUGGGGUUAGGGUGUGUAUAUAUGUGUAUGGAGGUAUCUAGUGAACUUUUCAAUACACCAUGAUAUCCAUUACAUAACGCUUACUAUAUUGGUGCGCGAAACAUGGAACGAUUACCACAAUUUUGAUUAAGAAACGUUAGAAUACAACCAUGACACUUUACGAUGGAAUAUCUAAAUAUUGUUGCUUAUUAGCUGCUGACUUUCGCCUUCAUUGUUGACACGCAGAACAUAAUAAGUUAUUAUGCUUGUGAUGUUACUCUGAGUGUAUGGCCACACCGGGCAAGCUUGAAAAAUAUGCCUGGCCACGGUGGGAAUCGAACCUACGACCUUUGGAAUACUAGCCUAAUGCUCUGCCAACUGAGCUACGCGGUCAGGUCGGUACGCUACGCGGUCAGGUCGGUCAGUAACAUCACAAGCAUCAUAUUCACCUGAGUACAUUACACCUACACAGAUAAGUUAUCUUUUCACGUUCAUUUUUAUUGUUGUUUAGGUUCGUUCAUGUAUGUGCAACACAACAGUUCGUCAAGUCAGUUCAUUGUGAACUAUGAUUCCAGAUUUCAGUUUUUCUUACGUGGUGUUGGGGAAGCAUACGAUGAGAUUUCCUUAGAAAGAAAAGACUGGUUAACUGGGCAGUAUGUACGCAGCGAAGCUCGGAUGAAUGUUGGAUUGUAUGAAAAUUUUUACAUUUCGUUUACUGGAGUAUAUGACAAAUGCAGAUGUUCGCAAACUGGGCAACAUCGCUUCAAAGUCAGGACUAAUGGGGUGAACAUCUCAUACUAUGAUUUUGAAACACUUCGAUUGACACGUGAGUAAAACCAUGUACUGUAUAUUAGAAUAAUUUUAGCGGGCGUUGGGGCGUAUUUUGAUGGCUAAAAUGAACAAAUUAGCGGCCUAAAAUACAUUUUAGCCCCCUGAAUUUUAGAUUGGUUACGUCCGCUGGCAGUUUUUGCAAUAUCUUCAGUUUUUUUAAUGUAUCAAGUUUUUUUAAAUUUUACCGAAAAAAUGGCUGUAGAAAUACAAAAGGAGAAGAUAUAUCUAUUUUUAAAAAUUGAACAAACUAAAAUCCACUCCCUAAAGCAAGGAAAAACUAGAAUUAUUUAUAUUGUGGCAGAAACUAUACACAGUGACGAAGCGAAUGUAAGUUUAUCGAUAGUAAUUAAGUUUAUUCAGUGAAUGUAAAUUUAUCCAUUUAACAAUCAGAAUUGAUAUAGUUAUAUAACUGUACAUUAAACAACAACACUGAUCGACAUGAUUAGUUGUUAUCUAAUGUCAGUCAAGUGGCACAACUCGGGACUCUUUAUUCAUUUCAUCAAGUGACACAUGUUCUGAAAGAUUUGCAUAAGUUAGGUCUUAAACGGACACCGAAUCCUGAAUCCUCUUUGGUAUAUGCCUGUUGUUGAAAAUUUCGCCCCUCAAUAGUUCGCAAGUAUAUCGAAACCGCUAAAUUGCUCCGUCGAGAUGUGCACGCGCGGAUUGAUUUUACGUACCACGUGCAUAAUGAACAUUUUGGGUACCUCGUGGCCCAUUUUUAACUUCAACGAAGUUCGUAAGCAUGCUAUGUUUUACAGGACUAUGUGGUUUUACACCCCAGACAAUUUAUGACUUAUGAAGUGUAAAUCCAGUCAUCUAGUGACCUUCAGUCAUUCGGCCUAUGAGAAAAGUGAAACCAAGAUGGCGGCCAUUGACGUCCAUUCGCUAUGAUGGUCGUAAACAGUUCUAAUACCAUUUCCCCAGCUAAUUCCAGCUUUUCCUAACGGACCGUAUCGCUAAACAAGUUAUCAGUUCAUCGGGGCUACCACAAUUUGGAAUAGCCUUGAUGACUCACUAAAAUCUAGAAUGACAGUCCAAAGUUUUAAACUUAAUAUAAAGAAAAACCUUCUCACGGAUUUCUUAAAUAAGUAAUCCUCUGCAAAUGUAAAUUUGAACCAAUGUUUCAUAUUGGAGUUUUUAGAUAUUAUCAUAGCAUAUUCGUAAACUCAAACCUCUGUAAAUAUAGCGAUAUACAGUAGUUAGUAUAAUAUUAAGAAGCACUGCAGUAAAUUAGAGCUGAAAAGCCUCUCGUGGAGCAUCUAAUAAAUUAUGUAUGUAUGUAUGUAUAUUAGUCUUUAAAUCGAAAUCAAAAUCACACUCUUUGCCAAGAUGGCGGAAAUUGAAGUGUUUAUAUAUAACAUUUUUUAAUUUUCAGAGCCCGAUCCACCCGAGUCUGUUACAGUAACACAUAACGGUACCAGUCGUGCUCAAGUCACGUGGAAUUCUCCCGGAUGUAACGGAGGACCAGCAAGAGGCGUUCGUGUCUCAUUCUACCAUGGUAACUCGAGCACUCCAACUUAUUUUCAGUCCAAUGACACGACGUGGAGCUCCUCCACUGGUACAGGAUCUUUCAUUAUUAACGAUUAUGAAUUUGAAGUUAAUGCGAGGUAUAAUUGGACGGUGGCUCUACUCUAUGAUUACGGAGAUGAAACGGUUUGGAGUCAGGAAAGUUCUCUUGUCUCGACAAAGAUCUCGGGUAUGUAAAAUUCUACUCACGUAAUUAAAGUUACGGUAGUUUCAGAGCCACCAGUUCGGAGGUGGAAGUCAGUGUUGUAAGUAACUUCAUUACCAGUAACGAAAUUACAAGUAAUCGUUACUUUUUUGAGUAACACUAACAGUAGCUAUUUACGUUUUGAAAAGAGGUGACUGUAAAUGUUACAUUUUGGCUUAAAAUGGAACGAUAACGCUUACUUCUCUUUACAGUAAUUUAAUUGAACUCAUUGCCAAUCUAAUUAAUAUUUAAACAAAUUAAAAAAAAUUGAAAGUAACUUUUUAACUAGUUACAAAAAUCGUGAAGUAACUUUAUAACGGUAACUAGUUGAAAAUACAAAAGAAAUGAAUGUCGAUCCGAUCUUUAUCUGAUACACAAACUCUCGCUUUUGGCUCGAGUUUGUUUAUCAGAUAAAGAUCGGCUGCUCAUGUUUUAACUAUUACUUCAAACACUCAUUAAUAAUUCAUAAGCUUAUUGGCAAAUCAUGUCAACCAUAAUAUGUCACGUGCAGUGGCUUUAAACCUGAUGAAACACUCCUAAUUAGUAUUCUUUAUAUAAAGAAUUCUAAUAAGGCAGUAUCUAUUGUAGUUGUGUCCUCAUCAGUUUUCUUUAUAUAAAGAAUACUAAUAGGCAGCAUAUCUAUUGAAUUUGUAGUCGUGUUUGAAGCCGUUUAAUUAACUCGCAGGUCGUGGUUUAUUAUGUCUAAAGCCACUCGCGCUGCGCGCUCGUGUCUUUAAACAUAAUAAAACACUCCUGCUCGUUUAUUAAACAGUACUUAACUUGUAGCGGUAACUAGUUCCUUUCUUGAGCAUGUAACUGUAACUAGUUUCAAAAAAUAAGUAACUUUUGAAGCGCUGGUGGAAGUACUAUUCGUAUAGCACUUAUAGUUAGUUGUGUUUGUCAUAUUUAAAGGUAUGAUAAAGUACGAUUACAAUAGAUGCCGUUUCAUUAAUAGAGAAUACUAAUUAAGAUGACCUUUAUAUAAUGAAUACUAAUGAAGAUGAGUUUUAUCAGGUAUAAUGCCACUUCACGUGACAUAUCAGUUUUGUAUCGGAUGUAUUGUGAAACGUCUUGAUGAAAACAUUCGUAUUCUUCAACAAUUUAAACCAAUUAAUGAUGAAUUAUUCAUGAUUUUCACAAGUAUUAAUAACUCUUAUAAUUCUUUGUAUUGACAUUUUCAUUGACAGAUGAAUUUGACGUCAAAAUAUUAUUAUAUGAUGACAAUUCUCUUGCGGUCAAACCAGGAAAUGAUGGUACUUACAAAAUCGAACUUGGGCGAAGCAUUAUAAUAUCUUGUACUGUAGUCUCCAUCACUCGACCUCAGAGAACAUGGAGUAAACGCACUUAUCAAGGAUAUGAAGCUGUUCAAAGCCAAGAGUUCCAGCCAGAAUUUUUAUCAUCAGGCUUUGAAUGGAUAAGUACCAUAAAUAUUCCACAAUUUAACUACACUGAUUCUGGUAAUUAUAAUUGUUCUGGGACAGCAGGGAGUAAUUAUGGCAUUGAUUACGCAACAAUAUCUGUAUAUGGUAAGUAAAUAGCAUAAUUUGUUUCUCUAAUUGGUUCCUUCCAUUCCUACUUGCCUCCUUUCUUUUCCUCCCUUAUUUCAUAGAGCUUUUUCCUCCCUUAUUUCAUCUUUUUCCUCCUUCCAUUCAUCCCUGUUCUUUCUUUUUUCAACCGUGCCUCCUUCCAUUUUACCUACCUUGUCACCUUUACCCCCAUCCUUUCUUCACUUCUUCAUUAUCCAUUCUUUCUUUCCAUACUUCUCUUCUUCUUCUUUCCUUAUUUUCUUUCUUUACUUUCCGUCUCCCCUUCUUUCUUAAUUUCUUGCUUCCUUCCUUCUUUCUUACCGUUCCCCCUCUAUUUUUCCACCUAUCUUUAAUUCAGUUUCCAGUCCUUGCUUUUUCUUCCCUUCUACGAAUGUAUUACCUACCUCCCAUUUUAUCUUCGUUUGAUCCAACGUUCUUCCCUCCUCUACUAAACAACGCCUAUUCCAUCUUUUCUUUGUUUCGUCCUUUUAUCUAUGUCUCUCUUCCAUCACCCCUUCUCUUUUCCACUACCCCAAACACUAAUCUCACCCAUACUUCCUCAACGAUUUUAGCGCCUGUGAUUCUUAUAACGACAUCAAUAAUGCCAGAAAACUAUACCAUUCCAUACAACUCAACGUUCAAGGCAGAAAUUAUCCUGCAGGGUUUACCGACCUAUAAUAGGGACCUUCAAAUCCUAAAUUGGCGAACUGAAAAGUUCAGCUCGAUUGAAGGACAAACAUUUGUGGAUAUUGAUGGUUAUUUGAAAGUUACAGCUCAGUACAACUCGUUCAAAUGUUCAAACACGGGAGUUCAUCGCGCUGUCCUCGAGAUGGAAGAUUAUUCACAGUUCCAGUAUGAACUACCAAGUCCAUUGCUUAUUUCAGGUAAGCGCAUUACUAGAAUUUCCUAGAAAAUUACCACUAUCUAUUAUUUUGAUAUGCCUUCGUAUUUAUGGUGAUCUUAUUUUUUCACAGACCCCGACCCUCCACAAAUUACUUCAGUGACAGGCAUGUCACAAUCUACGAUAAAACUAAUAUGGAGUGCAGGUCAAUGCAACAUGGGUUAUCCUAGGGAAAUCUCUAUUACUGUAUUCAAACGAAAUGGAGACCUUCUAAAAGAAAGCAUUUUGAAUAUCACCAGUUAUAAUGAAAGUACUGGUGUCGGUGUUACGUUGGUUGAAAAAGGACAGGAUUUUAAUGAAUCUUACGCUGAGUGGAUCAUUAAAGUAUCAUAUAAUGGUAGAACGGAACCAGUUUGGAGUCGACCGUCACUGGCUUACUUUGCUACAGUGUCAGGUAUGUAAGGGACAUCAAUGACAACUUAAUCAAAUCAAACUGAUCGAUUGUUAGACUAAUCAAAUAAUCUAUCAUUUCAUAAGUUCAGUCUCAGCUAGUCAGCCAGUGUCCAGUGCUUAAUAAAAGCCAUCUAUUAUUUUUCUUUUACAGACAGCAUAACUAUCAGUUUUCAGUCUACUUCAUCAUCCAGCUUUUCUGCACGCAUAACUCUAGUGGGUCAUCAAAUCAAGAGGAACGAAUCAGUCACCAUCACAUGUCAGACCUUAGCUGCAGAAACAUCAUCAAACUUUACUUGGUCCAAGAGAACAUUUGGAAAUCAUUCAUCAUUAAGUGGCAAUAACAUCAGAUCCUGGAAUGAAGACGAAUAUUUGUAUGGUUCUCUAACUUUGGAUUAUUUUGAUUAUAGUCGUUGUGGAGUAUACAGUUGUGAAGUGAACAUUGGGAAUAAGCUACAAGAAGUAGAAAUGCCGCUCAGUGUAGAAGGUACUGUAGAUGCACCUGUACUACUUUGUAUACCAUGCCGAUAGUCAAAUGAACAAUGUAACGGUGAAUAAUUUUACCGGUUUAUAAACUAAAAGUACUCUAUCACUAUGAGCUAACUUUUGUUUUCUCAAUUUCCUGAGGCAGACAUGUGCACUUUUUUGGGUUUGCAUGUAAUUUAUAGGCGGCAAUACACAGAGAUUUUCAAAUUAGCGAGAAACAAUUGAUGUUUCUAAGUAAAAUUAUGCUUCUUUCACUGCGGAUUUAAAAGCAUGUCAAAGGGUUGCAAGUUUAAUACAUGGUGCAGGUUUCAGGUACAUGCUGGUCACAGGUCGCAAAUCAUGUGUUGCAGGAAUUGGACAUUCCGUCGUAGCAUGUGUUUGUAAACGACAACAUAUUUUUAAAUUUGUCCCGACUCGUAACUUAAAUUAUACCAUUGCGCAGACAAUUUUAGGGACUAUCAAAAUUUAACGUAUUGUUUAUAAACUUGCUAGUCCAGCUAUAACAGAGCGCAGAAUUUCUGCAACCUGUCACCAACGACCUGCGCCAAAGGACCUGUGACCUGCGUUUUAGGUCCACCGCUUCUUGCUCGUCCUGUCCUCUUAUGUCUUAUAAUAUUCCUGUCAAGAAAAUAUUUCAUCACAGCCUAUAAGAGUACAGUACGUAUAGGCUAUUUUUGCUUGAUAUAGCGAUUGAUUUAAAGAGCUGUAUGACUUAAUUUUAUAAAUAUGCAGACAUGAUAAAUGCUCACCACUUGUUACGAUUCCUAUGAGGCGAUUCUCAAAUCAUUUUACCCCAUAAAAUGUCUCAUUUCCGUUGCACUCUUCGGGCUUGAUUUGCAGGUGGUGUCAACCUAACACCAUAAUCAUUAGAUUUAAGAUCAUAAGAUCAUAUAUACAGAUAUCGAAGGAAAUAGACUAAGUUCCGAAAUAUCAUUUAUAUCACCUGCAGUGCCUUAACUGUGUUGACCUUGUGGCACAGUUGAUAGAGAAGUGGACUAGCAAAUGACUGGCAGGUUCGAUUCCCACCACGGUGAAGCAAUUUUCCAGCUUGCCCAAUGUGGAGAUACUCAGAGUAGCAUCUAAAAUAAUUUACCAGAAUUAUAAGUCCACAGUCAAUGAGUUUAUCGAAGAAGAAGAAGGAUCAACUACCUGAAAAAUGUAGGUCCUUUGUUUGGACGUCCUUGUACUAACAUCGGAGCAAACUCUUUAAACUUGGUGAUACAGUGUUAGCCGAAGUGUGAAUGUAAGCAACCUAGGAAUCAGAUGCUUCUUGUCAGGCUAAAAAGAAAACAUAUUGAUCUUUUGAUCAAAGGCCCCUUGUCAGGAGUAGUACUAUUGAAGGAGUUCAUUUUGAACUAUUAACUAUUUUGUUGAAAGGCCUUUCUUAGAAGUGUUUUUCUAAAAGACCCUAUUGAUGUGCGGUCGAAGUAUAAAUAUUUGCCAAUAUCUUUAAAAUAUUUGGACCUCUAAAUUAAUAUUCAUAUCAUACACAGUCUGGUUCAUUAAGGUCUUGUUAUUACCAGGCCACUAUAUGAAUAAAAUAUGUCUAUUUCAGCACCUAUCCUUGCCGAACAUGUAGCCAAGAAUUUGAAUUCUAAAGUACACCAUGGUAGUCUGAGAACAAUCAAGUUUUUAUUACUCGGCUAUCCCCAACCACAAACAUAUGCUGAACGAUUGCUUCAACCCGACAGCUACUGGAGGAAUUAUACAGAUUAUCUACCAGUUUUGAGCGAAGACAUUUAUUGGACGGUGGAGCUGAGACGUAACUUAACUUGUGCAGACACUGGUCUUAUCCGUCUGGUGAUCUUAGACCAGAAUAUGAGAAAUGUAGUCAACGUAGAGGGCCGAACACCACUGAUUGGUAGGUAUCAUAACCUUGCUGCAGGCAAAACCCAAUUUUAUUAUACCUACCAUCUAAUAGAGCCAUCAUUGCAGUGUAGUUGGGUCUUAGUGAGCAUUACGAGGCGGCAGAUAGUGAUAGAUCUUCAGAUGUGAAGAAACUUGUAGGGGCAAGCAAAUCAAACUAAAUGUCUUUAUUUAUAUGCCAGCAAAUACAAGGCUACUAGAUAUAGUAAAUAGAAAUAUAUUUUCGCACUUCGGCAAAUGAAUGUUGACCCCAUCUGCUGCACAAUAGUACUUGGUGAAAACCAGUUAUACUAUAUGAUGUUGGCCAACAUGUUUAACAGGCAUUAAAAAUUUGCGUCUUUUUGUUAUAAUAUUACUAGAUCCUGACCCGCCUACUGUCAUACAUGUGGAGUACCUUUCUGAAUCACAUGCAAAUGUAACGUGGAAGGCAACAAGAUGUAACUUUGCUAGUGUGAAGAAAAUAAACAUUCAACAAAAUGGCAGUAGUGUGCUUUCAUAUGCAGAUACAAACUGGAACAACGAAACUGAAAUUGGUUAUCAAAUAGUGGAGAAUAUUACGGUUGUGGAGCAUCAAACCUAUUUUUGGAAUGUUAGUGUUGUCUAUGGCGAAGGUGUGGAAGAAGCCACGAGUCAGUCAAGUCCAGUUUUUGAAGCUCCUGUUGUUGGUAAGCUAAGAGUUGGGGUUAAGUAUUGACGAUGGUGGCAAUGAUGAUGGUAAAGGUGAUUAUGGUGUUGAUGAAGAUGUUUAAUAACUCCAUCAGUCUGAGGACUGUUUUUCAUGGUGGUCCCUACAGAUGGUGGUGAUGAUAAUUGUGAUGGUGGCGUUGAUAAUUAUGUCGAUUAUGGUAGUGAUUAUACUCAUGGUUAUAAUAAUGGUGAAGGCUAAAUGUUGUACUGAUACUGGCGGUGGGCAUUAUAUAUUCAUUAUAUGUUCGUUUUUAGAUGUUAAUGAAUGCUUAGAAGAAAAUUCUUGUGAUGUCAAUGCAACUUGCAUCAAUAAAAUUGGUACUUAUAACUGCCAGUGUAACGUUGGAUUUUCUGGAAAUGGAUUUAACUGUUCAAGUAAGUGAGUUCACACAUCACCCCAGGUUAAGCAGAUACCGUAUUUACUCGUUUGAGCGCCGCGGCGCUCUUUAUAUUUUUAGAGCUUCAGAUGCGGCGCUCGUUUGGGGCCGGCGUUCUUUAAAAAAACUUUUAUUUGUGGGUUAUAACAAGAACUUUUAACAAUAAAACAAACAAGUUUUAAACGAUUUUUGUCACUAAAUGUCCCCAUUUUGAAGGCGGAAAGUUUUUAUACUUUUCAGUGCGGCGCUCAUUCGGGGGCGGCGCUCAAUCGUGGGCGGCACUCAAUCGACUAAAUACGGUAUGGAUAGCUAUAGAAUAUAUUUCCAAUCCAGCUUUUUUGGAGAAAGGAAUGUACUGGAAAUGCCAAUGCAAAUUAAAGUUGUCAUUCACAGCAUUGGUGAUAUGAUCAAAGACCUUACCAAUUUACACUAUCCUUGUAACUUAAGAGGAAUGAUGUGUUUUGCUUUGUACAUGAAAUAUUUUAACCACAAACAUAUGUCUAUGAAACGAAAACACAAGUUGUAGCUGCCUACUUUUCUGUUUGAUAAGGAAAUCUGUUGAAUUAUUGUUGUUGAAUUAUCCAGUAAAAACUACAUCACUCACGAUUUAUUAUGUUAAAUUGUUUUUCGUUUAAGUGGUCUGAUUCUCUAAUAAUAGAUUUACAACACCACCACUAAAUGAGUUUCUCUUUGAUUUUAUAUUGGGGCGAAAUUACCAGCAAACUGCCAUGAUAACUAUGCAUAAAACAAACCAUGCAGUAAAUAACGAAUAAUAAUUUGAAAACCAAUUUUUUUUAUGAAGUUAUGAAAACAAGAUUCUUCAGUAGCAAUGCUAAGAAAAAAUAGCCGGUUAAUUUAAUGUUGUGCAGUUUUCCCUUUAAAAAACAUAGUAUAAUUGCGACUGCAGGCUGUCCAGUUUUUAUCACAAAUAGCAAUCCGAAAAACAAUGGCAUCUCUAGUUUGUGUAUUUCCUGUUCUUUAUGUAAUUUAUCGUAAUCUUUAUUGUAAUUCAUCGUAAUAUUUAUAAUUUCCUAGACAUAGAUGAAUGUUUGACUAAGUCAUGCCAUGUUAAUGCCAGCUGUACUGACAGUGAAGGUUCUUUUCUUUGCGAAUGUCAUAGUGGGUAUUCUGGAAAUGGAUUUAAUUGUUCUAGUAAGUAGAUAUUUUGUUUCUGUAUCUAAAAUUUUGUACCUUUUACAUAUUCCUUAUUUUUUAUUGUUUCUAUUAUUUUUCUAGACAUUGAUGAAUGUUCGAGCAAACCAUGUCAUGCCAAUGCCACCUGUAUGGACAACGAAGGUUCUUUUGUUUGUCAGUGUCACGCUGGUUAUUCUGGAAAUGGAUUUAAUUGUUCUAGUAAGUAACUCUUUCAUUUGUGUGUUUAGAAUUUUGAACCGUUGCGGUAAUCAUUUAUUGUUUGUUAUUUAUAUUAUUUUUUCUAGACAUGGUUGAAUGUUUGAGCAACCCAUGUCAUGUCAAUGCCAGCUGUGCUGACACCGAAGGUUCCUUUGUUUGUCAAUGUAAUAGUGGGUAUUCUGGAAAUGGAUUUAAUUGUUCUAGUAAGUAAAUCUUUCAUUCAUACAUAAAGUUUUAUACCUUUCUACUAAUCACUUUUUGUUUGUUAUUUUUAUUAUUUUUCUAGACAUUAAUGAAUGUUUGAUCGACCCAUGUCAUGCCAAUGCCUCCUGUACUGACACAGAAGGUUCUUUUGUUUGUCAGUGCAAUAGUGGGUAUUAUGGAAAUGGAUUUAAUUGUUCUAGUAAGUAAAUCUUUCAUUCACGUAUUAAGUUUUGUAGCGGUCUACUAAUCACUUAUUGUUUGUUAUUUCUAUUGUUUUUCUAGACAUUGAUGAAUGUUUAACAAACCCAUGUCAUGUCAAUGCCAGCUGUACUAACACUGAAGGUUCUUUUGUUUGUCGAUGUAAUAGUGGGUAUUCUGGAAAUGGAUUUAAUUGUUCUAGUAAGUAAAUCUUUCAUUCAUGUGUUUGACGUUUUGUACCUUUCUACUAAUCACUUAUUAUUUGGUUUUUCUAUUGUUUUUUUCUAGACAUUGAUGAAUGUUUGACCAACCCAUGUCAUGUCAAUGCCAGCUGUACUGACACCGAAGGUUCUUUUGUUUGUCAAUGUAAUAUAGAGGAUUCUGGAUAUGGAUUUAAUUGUUCUAGUAAGUAA